AUGAAGAAUGUUUGGGGUGUGCGUGGCCACCUCGAAUGCCUGCAGCUUGCAGACAGCCGCUUCGUCCUCGAGUUCUCCUCCACCGGGGACUACGAGCACGUCACCACGGGAGGACCCUGGAGGUACCAGGGCGAUGCUGUCCUGGUUCGCAAACUGGAGGAUCACGAGGACCUGGACAAGGUGCCGUUCGAGACUGUACCCAUCUGGGUGCAGUUCUGGGACCUCCCUUUCUACCUCCUAUCCAAGCAGCUGGCCAGGAACCUUGGGGAGAAGCUGGGCGAGCUCAUCUGCAUCGACAACCACGCGAGAGGCGACAUCGCCAACAAGAUCCUGCGCGCGCGCGUCCACCUACCCGUCGCUCGUGCCCUCCAGCGAUGGAUUACACUCGAGGACGUGAUCACGUGCGAGGAGGUGGUCGUCAGGGUCUUCUACGAAAGGCUGCCCAACUACUGCACCUGCUGCGGGGUGAUCGGCCACCUUGCGGCGGACUGCGAGCUGCCGGUGGAUAUGAGGAGAACCAGGUAUUGCAACAACCUCGGUGUACCGCCAACGCACCGCGAUGACCCACGCAAAUGGUACCUGGCGGAGAGCGCGCUCGAGAACAGGAGAGCUCUACAGCUUGACACCCCUUGGCGCAAUGUUGCCGCCUUCGGAGCCAGGCGGGACCACGACCUGCGGGGAACGGUCACGCUUGUCGCCAGGGAAGUCGAGAAGCUCUCCGUCAAGGAUGGGGACGCAAGCAAGGAGAAGGACCGGAACGCCAACAAGAACGAGCAGGUCAUCACCAACACUGGCGACACAGUGCAGGGAACCGGCAUCGUCGGCAACACUGAGCACGCCAGCGACAACACCGGCAUCAUCGACAACACCGGCAACACCGACCACGCCAGCGACAACCCUGGCAUCACGGAGGGCAUCAGCGUCAUGGCCGGCGACAUCAACAUCCUGCACCAACCUCCUUCGGUGAAGGCUACGGACAAGGGCAUGGAGAACAAGGAAAAGAAGGCUGGCAUCACCGACCCUGCUCCACCUUCGCUGCACCCUCCUCAAGCCACAGACCACACCAACUCUGAGCAAGGCGCAGAAGCAAGGGACCCUGCCAAAAGGAUCGCUGCUGAUGGAGAAGGCGUGGAACAAGCUGAAGAUGACAGGAGCACACUGGCCCCUGCGGAGGGGGGGUCGGUGUUAGGAAAGCGGCAGAAUCAGGCGGAGAUGUUUGAUGUCUCCGGCAACAAAACCAUCACUGAAAACAAGAAGAAGAAGGCGGAGGACACUGCGCUGGGGCUGGAGGCCAAAGCCAGUGUUCUAGGUGUAGGAGAAGAUAAGGAAGCAACCAGUCCCGGGGCUACUGGUCAACUGACAGGCGUGAGUGUUGGCGCCUGUGCAGGAUCGGGUGCUGGCAUUGCCGUGUACUGGGAUGAGCAGAUUGAAUUAAAGGUCCUGUCUGAGGGUUUGAGAAUCAAGCCAAAUGCUAGUGAACCCUGGCUGAUGAUGGGUGACUUCAAUGAAUGCAAAUGGCAACAUGAUCACUGGUCUGAGUCCAGAAGAUCAGAGAAGAGAAUGGCAGAUUUUAGGAAGACCCUGAAUUUAUGUGAUCUCCAGGACAUAAGAUACAGUGGCCCUCCCUGGACCUAUGACAACAAAAGAAAGGGAGACAAGAAUGUGAAAGCAAGGAUUGACAGAGCAGUUUGCUCAACGAGCUGGGCUGCGCUGUACCCUGCAGCAAACCUGGAGCAUGUCUGCUCCACGAGAUCAGACCACCUUCCUUUGAUCCUUGAUUGUGUUAAUUCCAGUAAUCAACCAAGACCUGAGAAAUCAUUCAGGUAUGAACAUAUGUGGGAACGCGAGGCGUCCCUGACUGAUGUUGUUGAGACAGCAUGGGCCAGCUCGCCUACCUGCAACAACCUGAAUGACCUGAUCCAUAAAAUCGGAAACACGGGGAACCACCUGAAAGAGUGGAGUACUCAAAACUUCAGCAUGGUCACAAAAGAUAUCAGGAAGAAAAGAAAUAGACUAAAGAAGCUGUGGAAAUGGCAACCUAGCGAGACUAGAGACGAGGAGAUUCGGAAAACUUCCUUGGACCUGGAUGAGCUCCUCCACAGAGAAGAGAUGAUGUGGAGGCAACGCUCUCAUGACCCAGAAGAAAUAAAAAAUCUAUCGUCUGAAUUCUUCCAGAACCUGUACUCCAAAGACACAAAUGUGGUUCCUGAUGAAAUUCUCGGACACAUUCUAGAACUGAUCGACGAGACCACAAAUAUUGAACUGUGCAGAGAAUUUACUGACAAAGAGAUAAGCGAUACUUUAUUCCAGAUUGGUCCUUUGAAGGCACCUGGACCUGAUGGGAUGCCCGCUAGGUUCUUCCAGCGCAACUGGGGAAUUAUGAAGGAAGAAGUGAUUGCUGCUGUCAAGACCUUUUUUACCUCUGGAAGUCUGCCUACCGGUAUAAAUGACACUGUCCUCGUCCUCAUUCCUAAAGGUAACAAACCUGAGACACUAUCUGACUUCAGGCCCAUUAGCCUAUGCAAUGUCAUAUACAAGGUCAUCUCAAAAUGCCUUGUCAAUAGACUGCGGCCGUUGCUCAACGACCUGAUCUCGGAAACGCAGAGCGCAUCCAUCCCUGGAAGGCUACUCACUGAUAAUGCAUCUAUCGCUUUCGAGUGUUUCCACAAGAUCCAGAGGAGCAAAAAUCAGAGAGACACCCACUGUGCUUAUAAACUAGAUCUUUCAAAAGCAUACGACUGA